AUGGACCCCUUCUCUAUCCUCUCCUCUGUGUUUUCUGCGACAGUCUCCGUCCUCACCUGGCUCGAUAACUUGGAGCAGGCGAAUGCCACUAUCCAAGACCUUCACAGGAAUAUUCUACUCAUUCACAAUAUCAUUCACCCUCUCAAUGGACGCCCAAGUCUCCCUCCAAGCGUCGUUAUGUGCCUUCUUGCUAUAGGAGAGGACCUCUGCUCUAUACAAGAACACCUGAUGGUGCUGAAGAGCGGAAAGGUGUCCCAGACGACGAUACUCGCGUUUUUAUUUCCGUCAAAUGUUACGAGCAAAUUAAAGAGUGAUAAUGACCUUCUAAUGCAGCGCAUCCAGUUAUUGCAGACUGCGGUCCUGACCCAGCCGUAUACAUCUCCUACUCCUCAGGAAGGUAUCGGCUUGUUGGAUUCUGUCGGGAAUUCCAGUGUACGGCAGUUCUGGUCUGAUAUCUUCCGCAACGAGGAUGCAUACGUUACACGAGAGCAAUUCAGGGUUGGACUGGAUACAUUGUCUCAUCUCUCAGAAGAAGACUUCGACACCCUCUGGUUACGCCUCGACGAAUUCGGGAUGGGAGUGGUGACACCGAUGACCUUGGAUGCAUUUGUCGGUGACCGUUCCAAGUCCUUGAAAGAUACUGUACGGGGAAUACAAAGUUAUCCCAUAGCGCGACUUGGUUCUAGUAAUGAUGGAUGCAAAGUCCUGCUCUGGGUUGAUGAUAAUCCAGGCAACAACGAAGGCGAAGUGACCUUCGCCCUUAAAUGCAAUAUCCAAGUAUAUCAGUUCACAUCAACUGCUGCCGUCAAGGAUUGGCUCGAGCAACACCCCGGUAAAGGUGCCUCAUAA